CAGAGCGGACUUGGUUGUUGAUUACAUUUUUCAGGAGAGAAGCAGCUCCGCAGGUGGAGGGAUGAGUCUCUCCCCUGUGAUUGGCACAGAAGUGCCAGAAACAGCUAAUGGGGUCGUCAUACCUGUCGCCUCGGAGAACGGCCCUCAUGUUUCGGUCUCGGUGAAAUGCGGGGGAAGCAGCAGAACACCUUGUCCUGGAGAGGCAUCAGAGGACCACUCCCUUGGAUACACAGAAAACCAUGUCGAUGUGGAAAACAGAGUUUAUGAUGGCGAAGGUCGCUUGGAUACAGAGAUGGCCAUUAAUGAGGCAAAGUCUAGUUUAUUGUUGCACACCUCUUGGGUGACAGACCCCUCCCUCCCAGCUGCAACAUGCACAGGGGACUCAGGAUCAGGAUCCAUCACCAGAGACAUUCCUGAGGCCUCUAAUUCUGUCGGGCCUCCUGGAGCAGGUCUGCUGUGGGACUCAGCUCACACCAAAGACUCAUCUCAGCAAGGACACUCUGUCACCACAGACAGACAGCAGACAGAGGCAGAGACUGUAGAUGGAGGCACUGACAGCCAGGAGAAGGAGAAACAGGAUGAUGAGGAUGACGAGAAGAAUGAAAACAAGUGGAGGGAUCAAUAUGCAGGAGGGAGAAUACAGAUGGAUCCUUCACAACACUACUCGUCCUCGGCCCCCGGUCCUAGCACCUCCUCCUCUUCCUCUCCCCCACCUCCUCUUCUUCUCUCAGAUGACACACCCUGCCCUCCCCAUGUCAUGGCCCAGGUCUGGGUUCGCAACGUCCGGGGGAUGCAGGAUAGCAAGAGCCUGGAUGAAAUCAGCCAAGCGUGUGGAGGCGGUUCAGGUGCCCGGGGAGGGGGCAGAAGCGGCCAAUCAGAGGGCCGACGGGCCACUAUCUCCUCUGCGCUGGAGCUAGAGGGGACGGUCAGCCACGAUGGAGACCUGACUAACUUCAUCACCAAGAACCUGGAGCAGAAGAUCAAGAUGAGCUCCAAGCCCAGUCUGGACUGCAGUGAUUCGGACUGUUCAGGUCCCAUCUACAGAAGUCGGGGGUUGUCACGGAGACCAGCGGACAUUCCACCCAUUGAUCCCACUGUCCUGUUGGACCUUCAAAGACACACACAGGAAGUGGCGCACAGUGUGGAGAUGAUGAUGCGGAGCCUCAAUGGAACCAUCCAGAAUAUGACAGCUCUGAGUGUGGGCUACAUCCAGACCUACAGAGACUCAGUUGACAGCCUGGGAGAGUCUGUGGACAUGAGUAUAAAGGGCAUGUACACGCUGAUGGCUCGCUGUGAGGAGCUGGACCGUUCCAUGCAGCCCAUACACACCCUGGCUGCACAGAUCCGUGACAUCAAACGCACCCUAGAUGCUCUGGAGGCGAUCUGCAAGUAACCCCGCAUGUCUGGCACGAAAACACAAUCCCAGCUGCAAAGUUCCAACACCAAGCACAUCCUGAACGAGGCCGUCUGCAAGUAACUCCACCCCUCUGCAGGUAGCACACACACACUGCAGUGAAGAUUAAGUGCACCUCUGGAGUUUUGGAAACAUUUCUACUAGGCAUGCUGGAUGAUUGGCACUCAUAGGCCCUCCGCUUGUUCAUUGUUUGAAGAUGACCUUGUUUGUGUUGUGAGAUCUCAAAUGAAUUGCGCUUGAUUCGCUCUCGGGUCUGAGCUUUUUCUUUUUUUUUUUUCUUAAAGCAGCCUCACUUCCUCUAACAAAAUCUCACAAAAUAACCAUUUUUGGAGACGCUUGGUCAAGUGCCCUGAACACACCCACACACAGACACACAUGAAGAUGUGGGGACAGACACCCUCUCUCCCCACUUUACAGGAGGAAUUGUGUGUUGUUAUCCGUCCAGCCCCGCUUGGUUGAGAUUGCACUGACAUCUCCUCUCCACGUGGGGGCGAUGUUUUUCUCACUGUUUCUUUCUGCCUAUGGAGAGAUCAGUAUAAACUGCUCAGAAGACUGUGACUUUUGCAAAGGAACAGAGAGUCUAUUUUUUAAUCUUAUGCAACAAAGAUCAGAUUCUUUCACUGAACGCUAAACGAAGGGAGUGGAGCAUUAAAUCUCUGUCUGUCUGUCUGUCUGUCUUUUUUAUGUUUAUUUAUUCAAUUUUCUCAUCUUGCAUGCUUUUUCAAAAACAAUGCUUCUCUCAGACAUUGGGAACUGACCAGUACAGCCAGAUUCAGCUCAAAUGCUGCUUGAGGCUUGUUGUCAAGAGUGAGAGUGUUUCACUUUUUCCACUCAGACUCUCCGACUGUUCAGUCAAUUGAAUCAUCAAUUUUAAAAAAGCAGUUAAACUUAAAUGGCUGCUCCUCUAAUUUUAAAGCUAGUGCCACGCGUCGGUUGGGUUAAAGUCUCACUUUCUCCGCCUGUGUCGCUGGAAUCCGAGAUGUUCUCGAAAACAUAACUGGAAAAAUAUCCUAUGUAGCCUUCACAGUGGCUUUAAAUCUCUGAAAAGCUUCAGGUACUUAGGAUUUGACUUUUAGAUGCCAUCAAAAGUGUAAACACUUUAUGCAAGGCAGAUAAGGUUAGCCAACCUGAGGAUUUUUCAUGAAAUUUGAAGCCAAUCAAAAUCUUUCCAUUUCCAAACUGUUUUCAUUUCUUGUUAACAAACUGCUCAGUGUCAUGAACAGUCCAGUUCAGCCAAUUUACAGAACUAAUAUAUGCAUUACAAGAGCUCAGUUUCAAAACACAUUUUUAAUCCAUUCUAUUCUUCUUGAAUGAUGGUUGUCACCACUUUGCCAACCAGUGACUUAAAUUAGCUGCUAAUCUUCAACCGUUAAUGAAUUAUUUGAUGUUUUUGGUCGGAACGGUAGGUUUUAGUUUUACUCCUGUGAAAUGGUGGAUACCUUACUUUGGAACAAAACUCUCCACUGAUUCUGCGUUGACCACAUCUGGCUUUGAAUCUUGGAAAAUGUGUAAAUUAAAGACAGAUUGCUUAAAGUUUGCUCCUGAUUGUACUGAACAGUUACAGAGAAAUUACACCAAACAACAGUUAAGUUUCAGUGCAGCGUGCCCGAGCUUUUGUUUUCUUCAGCAUGGAAGAGAUUGAAGAAAGGAGAGUUAAAUGUGGGAACAAUCGCUGGACGGAGUUGGGACACAGCCGUUGGAUGUGGACUGACAUGGACUUGGAUCACUUUUCAUUGAUUGCAAAGUGAGUAUUUAUUAGUUUAAUAGACACUGAAUGAUUGCAGUGUCAUCGGGCUGUUAUUUUACCAACCUAAAGCCAUGUGCUCUCAUGGGGCAUUUUACUUGAUUUAAUGAAGAGACUGUGGUACUUCUGUCUUUGCACUGGUGGCUAGCCUUGUAGUAGAUCAUCGUACGUGUACCUCUUACCGAUGGCAGGCAAUAUGUAAUUUGGCGUGAGUAGUGUUAAUGGUGUUGUGCUGGCUUUCUUACAUGGGACAGUUCAGAUCUUUUGGCAUAUUUAAUUUACAAAAUGUUAUCAGAGCAAUACUGCAAGCAAAGUACAUGUUUUAAUCUUGGCCAUAAUUGAUGCCUAAAUCGUCUAUAAAAUGCGUAAUUUUUAAACGUCUUUUCAAAGUGGAACUUAGAGCAUCAGUGUGACUGCAUUGUCUAAACUGUCUCUACACUCAGCUCUGCGCAUUUUAAUCACGUUAUUAGCUCGGAUUGCAUCCAGUGUAACAUCUACUCUUAGUCGUCUUGUCACUUUCCUCAACAUUGUUGGCAAAGGUUGAAAAUUAUCAAGCAAAAAUUCAAAGAGAGAGGGUAGCAUCAUAAAGAACCUUAUAUCAAAGUUUAUAGUCAUCCCGCUCCUUUGACGAAACCGAAAUUUGCUCAAACAUGCCCAAGACUGAAAAGAUGUAAAUUGUCUUUUGCAUAUGUAGGUAAAAAUGUCCCGAGAAUGGACAUUCGAGUGUCCUGGUCGAUUUUGGAGGUGAGAAAGAGUUCUUGGCACAGCAGAUGGGAGAGGAAAUAUCGUUUUCUUGUUCAUAAUAUAUAUAAAUGUAUGAUUCAUGAAUUUUCUGUUGUACAAUCAGAUGCACCUGUGUACAUAUGAUCUCUUUCUGUAACUAAAAAUGAUUUAGAUACCCUUCGUCUUGAGUGUAUAUUUUAAUGAAAAAUAACAAAUAAAUUUACAUGA